AUGUCUGCUGUCUGUGCGCGAGCCGCUCUCCUCUCUCCUUUCUUUUCUUGCCCACUGGAGUGUUGCACACCACCAUAGUCCUCCGUAUUCUCCGCUGUCCCCCCCCCCCCCCCCCCACCGACGAACCCCUCCCCCGCACACACUUCGAGUGGGCGAGCCGCCGUUGCGUUCUGCUUGCAGGGAAAGGGGAGCAGGCACAGUACACGUGCGCUUCAUCGUUAUUUCCACACACGAUGCCGCCGCGUCUCCCACCUCCUUUGUUCCUCCAAUCACCGGUAUCACAGCCCAAGCCACCAAAUGUGUCUUUAAAUCUCCUCUCCUUUUCUCUCCAGCUCCACGACAUUUUGUGCUUUGUUUGUCCUCCUCCUCCUCCUUCUCCUCCUCUUCCUCCCUGUGACACAUCCCCUAAUCGACUUCAAGCAGGGGACUCACUUACCUUUCUGGCAGCCAAUUGAUUGGCGUUGUCUGCGCUAUAUUCGAUGCAUUUCUGUCGAUUUUCUUCAGUCAUCAUCUCCAAUCACCCCCCAACCCCGUCUGUUUCCACACUGCUGCGAACAACACACCCCCUCAUUGAAGCGUGAGUGCGGUAUGCUGCUUGGUAGCCUUCAAUGCACUCAGAAGGGCCGCGUGCAGCCGCCUGCAGGGAGCCGGGGCGGUGCCGUCUACACGGACUACUUUGGUGGCGUCUGGGUGACGUCCGAGGACGCGCAGGAAGUUGUUUACUACGCACCCCACACGCUAGCCACCACCAUACAGCAGCAGCAACAGUUGAGUUUUCCCCUGAGCACCCAUGACAUCUCUAUAGCACCCCUGUCUACCUCGUCUCCAGCCUACACAGUCGCGUUUCGCUGCGGCACCAUGCGCUGCACCGCCGACAAGGCAUUUCGAGAAGAGCGAAUUUACUCGCUUUUUCCGCUUAGCCGUCCUGCAUGCGACAGCGACGGCUCCGAGCAUGUUCUGUGCAUCGUCACCACAUGCGGUACGCUGGCAUUCAUUCAAGUGCCAACUAGUCAUCGCCAUGAACCCCCGCUGCCGGAGACAGCCGUGCAACCGUAUCAGGAGGUACACCUCGACGUGCAUGUCUGCGCCGCCACCGUCACCAGUGGCGGUGCA